AUGAGGCUCACCAUUCUCUGGGCCCUUUGGCUCCUCGAGUCUGCGACAGCAAUGCGACUGUUGCCGUCCAAAAACGACAAGACAGAAAAGGUCUACAUCCUGCAGUCUAACGACGUUGGUUGGGCAGAGCUGGGUCUCCGCCUCCUCAACGAUGAGCUCCGCGCCAAGGGCCACGAGGUCUUUGUCUCAGCACCCGCCGAAAACAUGUCCGGCCAAGGCAAAAUGGACAAGCCACCAACGCCCCGGACCGAGGCGUGCCACUACGACAGCUGUCCCGCCGGCUCCAACCUCGACCACGGCUUCAACGAGACCCGCCCGGACCUCGCGUGGGUAAACUCGUACGCCGUCACGGCGACGCGCUUCGGCCUCCGCGUCUACGCCAAGCAGCACUGGAAAGGAAAAUGGGCGGACCUCGUCGUCACCGGGCUCAACGUCGGCGCCAACCUGGGCGCCGACGUCGAAAAGUCAUCGACGUGCCAGGCCGCGGCGUGGAUUGCCUGGAGAGACCAGACGCCGGCGAUUGCCUUUUCGGCGGCGACCCGGACGCGGCUGCCGUGGAACCACCAGCCCGUCCCCGACAUCAGCCGUGUACACGCCGAGCUGGCCGCCAUGAUCACCCAAAAGAUUAUCGACGGGGGCAAGCCGUACCUCCCCAAGUUCAGGUACCUCAACGUCAACUUCCCCGCGCCGCACGAAGGCUGCUCCAAGGUGUCUGAUUUCAAGUUUGUCCUGAGCCGCAUCGCGGAGCCGGGGCCCAAGGACAAGGACGUAGAGUGGUGCGGCACGCGAAAGCUGCCUCUGGAGAAGGACGUCGUUCAGAGACAGGGCUGCUUUGCCUCGAUUAGCAUGGGCAACACGGACUGGUCGUCGCCCUCGACGGCGCAGAGCGAGCAAAAGGCGGUCUUGAAGAAGCUGCGAGAUGUCCUGAGCUGCCUACCCGAAAAGGCAUAG